UUAUUAGAUUUGCUCCACUGUUAACAGAAUUGUAAUGUUAUGACCAGCUUUUUCAAUCCGUUUGUGAAAUUGUAUUAAUAUAAUAAGAACUAAUUAUGCUACGCUUAAGCUCUCAAAUAUGCAAGCAAAGCGUCACACUGCAACGCCUGGCUGGCAGCACAAAUACGAUUCCCACAGUCAGGCUGCAAUUGGUCACCAGAAAGAUGACACAACAGCACCCAAAAGUGGACUUCACAACGAGUAUUCCGAUUGCCAAGAAGAAGGAUAAAAUCACAGCACUCGGUUGGUUCCUACUCAUCAUACCCGCCACAACAUUUGGUCUAGGCGUUUGGCAAGUGAAGCGCAAAAUCUGGAAGGAGCAGCUAAUUAAGGACCUGGAUAAGCAACUGCAUAUGGAGCCCGUUGAUCUGCCGGAUGAUUUAAGCCAGCUAUCACAAAUGGAGUACCGUUUGGUUAAGCUGCGUGGCCGGUUUUUGCAUGACAAGGAGAUGUUGAUGGGACCCCGCUCGCUCAUCCGGCCAGAUGGAGGGGAAACACAAGGUGGACUAUUCUCACAGCGCGACUCCGGCAACGGCUACCUCGUCAUCACACCGUUCCAAUUGGCUGACAGGGAUGACAUUGUCCUGGUUAACCGAGGCUGGAUCUCGCGCAAGCAUACUGAGAAGGAGACACGAGCCUUGGGCCAGUACCAAAACGAGGUGGAACUGACGGCCGUUGUACGCCAAGGCGAGACGCGUCCACAGUUCACGCCAGAUCACAAAGAUGGCCAAGUCUAUCUCUAUCGCGACUUGAACAGGAUGUGCAAGAACUCUGGCGCCCAGCCCAUCUUCCUCGAUGCGGUCUAUGAUCCAAAGGCGCCAGAGGGUAGUCCCAUAGGUGGACAGACUCGCGUUACACUGCGCAACGAUCAUCUCUCCUAUCUGGUUACCUGGUUCAGCCUGUCCGCAGCUACCGCAUACCUGUGGCAUCGUCAGAUUGUUAGGAGAAUACCGUUUUGAUUGAUCAAUGCAUGAAUAAAUGUUUGUUUAUUUUAUUAUAAAAUUUA